AUGUCUAAAGGGAGGGUCAAUCAGAAGCGUUACAAGUAUCCUCUUCCAAUUCACCCCGUAGAUGACCUUCCAGAGUUAAUCCUUCAUAAUCCGUUAUCUUGGCUAUAUUGGGCAUACCGCUAUUACAAGAGUACGAACGCACUGAACGAUAAAGUACAUGUAGAUUUUAUAGGAGAUACCACUCUUCACAUCACGGUUCAAGAUGACAAGCAAAUGCUAUAUCUUUGGAAUAAUGGAUUUUUUGGCACUGGUCAAUUUAGCAGGAGUGAGCCUACAUGGAAAGCUAGAACAGAGGCCAGACUGGGUCUCAAUGAUACUCCCCUCCACAAUCGGGGAGGAACAAAGAGUAAUACUGAAACGGAGAUGACUUUAGAGAAGGUCACACAACAGAGGAGAUUACAAAGAUUAGAGUUCAAGAAAGAACGUGCGAAGUUAGAAAGAGAAUUACUAGAAUUAAGAAAAAAAGGUGGUCAUAUCGAUGAGGAAAACAUCCUCCUUGAGAAACAACGAGAAUCAUUAAGAAAAUUUAAACUAAAACAAACAGAAGACGUGGGCAUCGUUGCACAACAGCAAGACAUUUCCGAAUCAAAUUUAAGAGAUGAAGACAACAAUCUUCUUGAUGAGAACGGUGAUCUUUUGCCACUAGAGUCACUAGAACUAAUGCCAGUGGAAGCUAUGUUUUUAACUUUUGCACUUCCUGUUCUUGACAUAUCUCCCGCGUGCCUGGCAGGGAAACUGUUUCAAUUCGAUGCCAAAUAUAAAGAUAUUCACUCCUUUGUCAGAUCAUACGUUAUAUACCAUCACUACAGAUCACACGGUUGGUGCGUAAGAUCUGGUAUAAAAUUCGGCUGCGAUUAUUUAUUAUAUAAGAGAGGGCCACCAUUUCAACACGCUGAAUUUUGUGUUAUGGGUCUUGACCACGACGUCUCUAAAGAUUAUACGUGGUAUUCUAGCAUAGCCCGUGUUGUGGGCGGCGCAAAGAAGACGUUUGUGUUAUGCUACGUGGAGAGACUAAUCUCGGAACAGGAGGCGAUAGCACUAUGGAAAUCAAACAACUUUACUAAAUUGUUCAAUAGUUUUCAAGUUGGUGAAGUAUUGUAUAAGAGAUGGGUUCCCGGAAGAAAUAGAGACUAG